AUGGACUUGGGUAAAGACGCCAAGAAAGAAUCUCAGAAAGAAUCUCAGAAAGAAUCUCAGAAAGAAUCUCAGAAAGAAUCUCAGAAAGAAUCUCAGAAAGAAUCUCAGAAAGAGUCCAAGAAAGAGUCCAAGAAAGAGUCCAAGAAAGAGUCCAAGAAAGAGUCCAAGAAAGAGUCCAAGAAAGAGUCCAAGAAAGAGUCCAAGAAAGAGUCCAAGAAAGUCACUCGCAAAGAUUCCAUCAAAAUUCCCAACGAAGACGCUGCAGAUGACAUGGGCCUAGACAAAACCAUACAGGGACCCGAACAAGCCCUCGAUCAGACUCUAGCUGGAGAAACUGAGGAGUCGCCCGAAGAGAAGAUCUUCGCCUUGGUGAGUCCAGACAAGCAGAUGUCGGUGCUUCAACUCAUUUCUUCCCACGCUUUUUUUAUGACUACGGAGAUUCAGCCUAUCUUACGUUCAGCCUGGCGCCAAUUCACCGACCAGGUACGAAAUGUGGCUUUCGCAGCCACAAUGAACAAUGGAUCUGUUCAUGCCUUGCUGGAGUUCGUGCGAAAGACUUAUCUUGACGAGCGUAAUAUUUUGGCGGCAGAUGAUGCUGGUUCUGCCUUUGGUGAUGAAAUCGAUGAUGAAGAGAAACAACCUCCGAAACCUUCACACAAGAAGCGAACAAGCCUCAGCCGUGAUCAGACCGUGAGAGCAACGGCACUCUUGAAAUAUUUGAGCAAAAGGAUGAUAUUCUGGAUCCGAAGAAACACAACAGGCGUCACUCCUCAGAACGUGCAACGCGCCAUGGUCAUAGUAAGGCCACGAGCAUCUUGGAUCUCUCUGGUGCCAAGGUGA